AUGAAGGCACAUCGACUGGUAUGUGCCCAUACCGGAUCAUGUGAUGAAUCAAUACCAGAAUUAGGGCCUGUGGCUAUUGGCUGUCCUCGUCCACCACUUCGUUCAUCAUCAAGUAUAUUAAAAAAUGAAUUAGCUAAUGAUAAGAGCAAAUGUAAAUACUAUUGUAUAAAUCAUUACAAUCAUUCUUUAAUUAAAAACGAUUCACCAGAUCCUUUAGUUGCUCAAGCACUUGAACGAGAACGUAUGGCAGAUAUAUUCGAAGCAAAUGAUGAAUGUACUGUUCAUCGUGACGAAGAUGAUCGAGAACACAAACGACGUACUGCUGGUUUUAUGGCUAUUGUUUCAAAUUGCAAUGUAAUUAUAGGAUGGAAUGAAAGUGUUCGUUCUGAAGGAAUGCGUCGUAAUGCUUAUCAUCUAUUAAAAUACCUUCUUUUAGGAGGAAUAUUACCACCUGCUGCUGCUUAUGAUUCGGCUUGUACAUUUGUUGCAUAUUUAAAAAACCAAUAUUGUAUAUCAAUUCAACAAUCACCUUAUGUUGAUGAAUUAUUACAGAAAAAAUACUGUAUUGACCGAUUCCAUAGACGUAAUCACACACGACCUGAAUGUAAAACCACUUUAUCAUGUUCUCAUCCUGAUAAUCGCCCGUUUUUUGAUAAUCAAAAUACACAAGUUUGCGAACAAUUAUUUUCACAUUUUACAAAACUUAAAGCUACAUUACGAUCAAUUGCAUGGCCAUAUUCAAACAUAUUUUAUUGCAUUAUUUUCCAUUUACGAAAUUGUUUUCAUACAAACAUCUUUCCAGAUAAUCUAUAUUUAGCUGCUAAAUCAAAUAUUCCACCACCUACCAAAAAAUUAAUUUCGUGGGUACAAGUAAUGGCUUCUCAUAUCGAUGAAAUAGGUGAACAAAAACGAUCUGAAAGUGAUGAAGAAGAUAAUGAUAUUCAACAUUAUAUCUACGAUUGA